AUGGCUUCUUCUGUACCCUAUGAUCCUUACGAUGAUAUGGAUAACAAUCCAUUCGCAGAGCCUGAAGAACAUCCACCUCUACCACAGGUACCAGACAAUAUUGUGAAUCAUGAGCCAGGACAAGAUGCCUUCGCUUCGUGGAAUAGCGAUAAAGAAAACUCAGUUGAUAAUGAUCAUGAACACGGGAAUCCAACACCAAGAGCGGCCUCUGCAGAGGAACCAGCGGAGACUCCUGCCGAAUCCGAUGAACAAGAUCCUAUUGCUCUAGAGGAGCUGUUACCUGAGCGGAAAAACACAAAGUACACCCUAUUCGUCCAAGUGACUGGCAUAGAACGCGCUGGGUCUUUAACUAACAAAAAGGAGAAUCCAACUGUUAAAUUCGAUUGCACCACCAAUUUACCCACUUUCCGCAAGCCAAAGCAUAAGAAGCUAAAGAAGACAUACAACGAAUUCUACAAACUCUUCAAGUACCUAAAUGCGGCAAUUCCAGAAACGUUCGUUCCCGCGUUACCAAGCCCUUCUACUUCAUACGGAAUAAAUAACGAAGAGGACGCUAUCAAAACGGCAGCCAAUUUCCAGGUAUGGUUUAACCGUAUAACUUCUGAUCCUUUGAUUAUUCGUAGCGAUGAACUUGCAAUAUUUAUCGAAUCUGAUUUUAACACCUACACCCCUUUGAAGAAGGCAACGUCUAUUACAGGGAUCAGGAGAAAGACCUUGAAGCAACUCACACCGCCUUAUGAUGAAAAUCUCACUCUUGCAGAGUUCAGACCCUUGAUUAAGUCUUUAUAUCUUUCCACGCAAGAUAUAAAGGCUAAAUUGCUCAAAAUGUCUACCAUCAGAAGACAAUUGAGUCAGGAGGUGAACCAGUUUGGCCAAGCUUUCCAACCCUUAUCUAUAGACAGUUCCGACUUGUACCAUAAGUUUGGACGUGUGAUAACAGCCAUUGGUGAUGUUGACAGCAUUGUUGCCAAUCUUGACAUGGCGACACUAUAUGAUCCUCUAGAGGGUAUCGAGCGCGAUUCGUACAUCAUAAAAGAGGCACUAACAAACCGUCACUUCAUCAUGCGAGAACUAUUACAAGCUCAACAACUCUCAAAACAAAGACAAGAGAACGCAAGAAAAUUGAGAGCAAAAAGAGACAUCAACCCGCUCAAAGUCGACGAUUCCAUUAGACAACUGAAAGAGGCUACCAAGAACGAACACGAACUCACACUAAAAUUGAAGAGAAUCACUGCCAACAUGCUCAUCGAGAGACAAAGAUGGCUAACAUAUUUCGAAGAAGCUUUAUCGCAAGCCAUAAGAGAAUUUGUCCUCAGAAAGAUAGAGUACGACAGAAAGAAACUCUCGUUGCUCGAGCGUAUUCGUAUCACGGUCAGAACCGCAGACGGCAAAGGUGGCCUUUCAAGACUGGGAAGAUCAUCACUCCUGACGAUAUCAACCCUAUCGUCGUCACAGUCCAAUUCCGGUGACAGCUGGACAGGAGACAAAACCAGAACCCCGCAUCUCGUGGGAAGCGUCGUUACUACAGAGUUCGACAAUGUAGCCUUGCCAAAGAGCCAGAAUCCAAACCAGUCCUCAUUGCCUCAGGGAGGCGCUCAGACUUCCAGAAGGUCUACGUUUUCUGAAUCUGCAGGCAUACUAGCACGCCAGGCGGCAACGCUACUUGGAGACGGUACAUUUUGA